AUGCCUGCUGAAGAUUCGGAUGCUGGCCUGGAAGACCUUGAUAACAACGAGCUCGAUUAUAGUCGUGCUACUACUAACCCUGAUCUAUCCAGUCGACUCGGCCAGAUCGACCGCAGUUAUCAAUCAUCCGAUGGCGAGAAUGAUGUAGUCACUAGCUGCAAAAUCCUUAGCCAUCGAUUUCAGUUGGCCAUUGUUGGUUGA